AGAACCCGCCGCACGGCAGGGCUGCUAGCUUCGCGCCGCGACUUGAACCCCCCCUUCAACCCGUCGAGUCGAGCAGCACUGGCAAGAGACCGACGGCCAUAAACCGUAAAUAUGACUUCCACAAUCGGCAUCCCGAUCAAGCUCCUCAACGAGGCUCAGGGCCAUAUCAUCACCCUCGAGAUCACCACCGGCCAGACCUACCGCGGCAAGCUAAUAGAUGCCGAAGACAACAUGAACAUCCAGCUCCGCGACAUCACCGUGACGGCGCGCGACGGUCGCGUCAGCCACCUGGACCAGGUCUACAUCCGCGGCAGCCACGUGCGCUUCUUCAUCGUCCCGGACAUGCUGCGCAACGCCCCCAUGUUCCGCAGCCGCAACGUGCGCGGCCGCGGUGUCGGUCUCGCCAGAGGUCGCGCCACCGUCAACAGGGCGCGUGGCGGCGGUGGAAGGGGAGGCAGGGGCGAUAGGUGAUUUUUUUUUUCGUUCUUUUUGUUUACUUCUUCUUUCUUUGGUUUGAUAGAGAAACACAAAAAAGAUGGGGGACAAACAAGAAGAAAGACCAAAAAAGGGCCCCAUUUCCUCGGUAUUCUUAACGAUAAUGACGAUUUUUCAACAUGGCGCCCCGGGUCGAUUUUGGGUCAUCAUGUGCCUGCCAACAAACUGUUUCAAGAAAGGUGUGGCAUAUCAUCGUUUGGUUUGGCCUGUGGUGACGGACGGAUAAGGCUUGGCUGUUCGGCAUAUACAAAAAGUCUAGAUUGGCAUAUGAGCUGCUGCCAUUGUUUGGGGUUCGGGGAAUUCUCGCAUGCCGUUUUUCGUGCUCAUUUGGGGUUGAGAUAUGUCCCUCGGGCGUUAUAGUUGUUUAAAUGGCUCGUCGCCAGAGUCGUAGCUUGUUCUCGAUACCCAGGUACUCAAAAAUGAAGAAAAAUAAAGGCUACCCAACAACAGC